UAAUUGGUCGGAAGAUCACAAUUCCCCAGCUGGGCAAAACAUUUACACCUGUCGCUCACUUCGAGGGAGACUCAUAAAAGAAGAAGAAGAAGAACGACUCAAAGAAGAAGAAAAUACUCAAAUUCAUAUAUACUUUCUCAUUGAUACGAUUAAUUCUUCUGUUUUUAAGUGAAAGAUUUGAUUCUUUUUUUUGCUGGGAGUCUCUGGACAUGGAAUCGUUAUAUUCUAGCGGCGGAGUAAGGAAUCUUGAAGCGUCGAUUGCGGCGUGGAAUUUCCAGAUAGCAGUCUAUUUCGCCUUCGGAUUCUUCUUCUUGAGACUCUUCCUCGAUAGAUUCGUCUUUCAAAGGAUAGCUGUAUGGCUUUUGAGCACCGCUUCUUCUGCGCCUAUUAAAAUGAAGGAUGCUUCUACAAGGGCUAAGCUCGUCAAGUGCAAAGAGUCUCUGUGGAAGCUCUUGUUUUACGGUGCUUGUGACAUAUUCGUUCUCAAAGUCCUUUUUCACGAGCCAUGGGCCACAGAUGUCAAACUCUACUUUCACGGUUGGCCUAAUCAAGAGUUGAAGCUUCCGAUAAAGCUUUACUAUAUGUGCCAGUGCGGUUUCUAUAUGUAUGCUGUUGCUGCCUUGAUUGCAUGGGAGACAAGACGAAAAGAUUUUUCUGUUAUGAUGUCUCACCAUGUCGUUACCAUCAUCCUCCUUGCCUACUCCUACUUAACCAGCUUUUUCAGAAUUGGAGCAAUAAUCAUAGCCCUUCAUGAUGCAAGCGACGUGUUUAUGGAAACUGCUAAAAUUUGCAAGUACUCUGAAAAGGAAUUUGGAGCGAGUGUGGGUUUUUCACUCUUUGCUCUCUCUUGGCUACUGCUUAGGUUGAUUUACUUUCCAUUUUGGAUCAUCAGGGCCACUAGCAUUGAACUCCUGGAUCAUGUUGAUAUGACAUCUGCUGAAGGCACAAUCAUGUACUAUUCCUUCAACACACUGUUACUGACGCUUCUUGUUUUCCACAUAUAUUGGUGGUAUCUCAUCUGCGCAAUGAUUGCAAGACUACUUAAAAACAGAGGACAAGUGGGAGAAGACAUAAGAUCCGAUUCAGAGGAUGAUGAAUAGGCUUUGCAAGCAUGACAGAUACGGAACAUGUUUCCACUUCUCCAAACAAACCCUUCUGCUGCUGAUGAAUUUGUUCUCAGUUUUCAACACUUUACUGAUUAGAGUUGGAGGUUAAAAGAAGAAGAAAGGCUAUAAUUUUUUUUUCCAGUUUUGUAUUGGUGAGUAUAUGUCUACAUUAAUUAGACUGCAGAUUCUCUUUUGAAAAAUAUAAGGAAAAACAGAAACUCAGGUUUCUUGUGUUGUUAUGUUCUAUGCUGUGUAUAAAACAAUGUGCAAGCCACUUUGUAAAAGCCAGAGAAUGUCUUCUUUGCAUGU